AUGAAAUCCAUGAUCGCAGUUGCUUGCUUGGCCCUGGCGUGUGGAGCUCACGCUUCCGGAUGGGUUGGCCCACCAGCCAACAUCGCCCUGUCUCAGGACGGACGGAAUAUCUUGGACACCCCCGAGGUAGCUCAAGCCCGUGCCGCUCACCUUGCCGCUCUUAACCAAGCUGCGCAAUCCAACCCCAACCCCAACGACGACGGAUCAUACGACCCCAGGUGGGACAACGAAGAGUACUGGCAAAACAACGACCAGAGCGGAAAAUGGAACGGUGGUGCCAACCAGUGGAACGGAGCUCAGGCUAACCAGUGGAACGGUGCCCCCGCCGCCCAGUGGAACGCUGCCCCCGCUCACCAAUGGAAUGCUGGCCCAGCUCCCGUUGCUGAAACCCCUGAAGUUGCUCAAGCUCGUGCUGCUCACCUCGCCGCCUUGAACAGUGCCAACGCUGCUCCCGCUCACAACCAGUGGAACGCCCCCGCUCACAAUCAGUGGAACGCUCCCGCUCAAAACCAAUGGAACGGUGCUCCCUCAUGGCAAGGACCCCCCGCCCAAAUCCGUCUCGCCCAGAACGGUGCUGGAAUCCUUGAGACCCCUGAAGUAGCUGCUGCUCGCGCUGCCCACUUAGCCGCCCACGCUCAGGUCCAACACGCUGCCCCAGCUCACCCCCAACAACACUGGUGA